AUGGCGGCCAGUGGGGCAGGUGGUGGAAAAACCUACUCUUUUAAAGUGGUGUUGCUUGGAGAAGGCUGUGUGGGAAAGACGUCUCUGGUCUUGCGGUAUUGCGAAAACAAAUUCAACGACAAACACAUUACAACUCUACAGGCAUCCUUUCUCACAAAAAAACUCAACAUCACCGGGAAGAGAGUUAACCUUGCUAUUUGGGACACUGCUGGUCAGGAGCGUUUUCAUGCAUUAGGUCCAAUCUACUACAGAGACUCCAAUGGAGCCAUAUUAGUUUAUGACAUCACAGACGAAGACUCCUUUCAGAAAGUAAAAAAUUGGGUGAAAGAGCUGAGGAAAAUGUUGGGGAAUGAGAUAUGCUUGUGUAUAGUAGGUAAUAAAAUAGAUUUGGACAAAGACAGACAUGUUUCAGUUGAAGAGGCUGAAAGUUAUGCUGAGUCAGUGGGUGCCAAACACUACCACACAUCAGCUAAGCUAAAUAAAGGAAUCGAGGAGCUUUUCUUGGAUCUCUGUAAAAGGAUGAUGGAGACGGCUCAGGCAGAAGAGCGAUUGAAGGGAAACGGUGCCAGUCAGUCUGCGUCCAACAGACGAGGGGUUCAGAUCGUAGACGAUGAGCCGCAGGCCACACCCGCCGGAGGAUGCUGCUCCUCUGGCUGA